GGAAGCAAAAAAUAAAAUGUAGAAAAUAUUUCGUAAUUCCAAAAGACAACUCACUCUCAUCGUUCAUUCUUUCACAAUUGCUUCUCUUCCCAGUUUCUCUUCUUCUCCAUUUGAAGCUUCAACCGCUACUCAAGUUUAGGGUUUAUGAUGGAAGACAACACCGUUCAUGCAUCAGAUUCAGUUGACAAAUCUAAGAUUAUAGAAGCAAAACCCUUGCGUAGUUUAGCUCCUGUGGUUCCAAAAUGUAUUCAAUCUUUUUCCUCUGGUAAUUAUCCAUAUGGGUUUCCUCCAUUUUAUUCAUUGGAGAAACCCCAUGAAAAUCCUAUUCCAAAAGGAGCUCAAGAAACUCAUGUUAAUGCCACAGCAACAGAAGAAGAUACUCCUGUUGAUGCUAAAGUAACUAAAGAAAGUCCUGUUGCUGCUAAAGCGACUCCAAUUAGGUUCUACAAGAGUUCACAUGAUGAAGAGGUGAACACACAAGCCGAUGGAGAUGUCGGUUUGGAGGGGUUGAAUGGUGACUUAGAUGAUAAACGGAAGCGCUGUGCGAAGAAUGUACAGAACUGCAAGGAGUUUCUUAAAAGGAAUAAGAAAAAUCGGGAGACGCAGGGUGACGAUUCGAGUUCUUCGGUUGGUAUUAGUCCAUUGUUAAAAGAUGACGGUGAUCGGGAAACGGUUACUCAUGUGCUCAUGACUUUUGAUUCGAUUCGGAGAAGGCUAUGCCAACUUGAAGAGUCGAAGGAAUUGAGUUCAGUGCUUGCUAUCAAGCGUGCGGAUCUCAGAGCAAGCAAUGCCUUGACGUGCAAAGGGGUUCGGACAAAUAUGAGGAGAAGAGUAGGAGAGGUACCUGGGAUUGAGGUUGGAGAUGUUUUCUUUUUCCGAAUGGAAAUGUGUCUUGUGGGUUUGCAUGGUCAGUCAAUGGGUGGAAUUGACUACACGAAUAUUAAGGAUGAGGCUCAGGAGGAACCUGUGGCGUUAAGUGUUGUUUCUUCGGGAGUAUAUGAUGACGAUACUGAAGAUAAUAAUAUUUUAAUUUAUAGUGGCCAAGGUGAGAAUUUCAACAAAAAAGAUAAGCAUGUGACUGAUCAGAAGCUUCAAAGGGGUAAUCUUGCUUUGGACAAAAGUUCGCAAAGGCACAACGAAAUUCGAGUCAUCCGCGGCUUGAGAGAUGCUAUGAAUAGAAGUGCAAAAAUCUAUAUGUAUGACGGUUUGUAUAAAAUCCAAGAUUCUUGGAUCGAAAGGGGAAAAUCUGGUGGUGGUGUAUUUAAGUAUAAGUUGGUAAGGUUGCCUGGACAACCGAGUGCUUUUGCGGCUUGGAGAUUGGCUCAAAAGUGGAUGGCUGGUUCGUCUUCAAGGAAUGGUUUUAUUCUUGCUGACCUCUCCACAGGAGCUGAAAGUAUUCCGGUAUCGCUCGUCAAUGAUGUUGAUGGUGAGAAGGGUCCUGCUUUUUUCACUUAUUUCCAGUCUCUCAAAAAACCAAAAUCUUUUGGUAUAGUGCAGCCUUCUUUAGGCUGCCAUUGUAACAAAGCAUGUGUCCCAGGUGAUUUGAACUGCUCUUGCAUUCAAAGAAAUGGAGGCGAUUUUCCUUAUGCUGCAAAUAGUAUUCUGGUGGGCCGGAAGCCACUGAUUCAUGAAUGUGGCCCUAUGUGUCAGUGUUUUCCUAACUGCAAAAAUCGAGUAUCCCAGACUGGUAUAAAACAACACAUGGAAGUGUUCAAAACAAAGAAUAGAGGGUGGGGGCUACGAACCCUCGAUCCAAUACGUGCCGGUAGCUUUAUUUGUGAGUAUGCAGGAGAAGUUAUUGACAGAGCCAAGCUAUGUCGGAACACCGAAGGAGAUAGAGAUGAAUAUGUUUUUGAUACAAGCCGUAUAUAUGAACCAUUCAAGUGGAAUUAUGAACCUAGCUUAUUGGAAGAUAUAAGUUCAAAAGUAUCGAGCGAAGAUUAUACUAUACCAUCGCCUCUAAUUAUAAGUGCCAAGAAUGUUGGAAAUGUGGCUAGAUUUAUGAAUCAUAGUUGCUCCCCAAAUGUGUUUUGGCAGCCCAUCCUAUAUGCAGAAAACAAUCAAUCCUUUAUUCACAUUGUGUUUUUCGCCCUUAGACAUAUUCCUCCGAUGGCAGAGUUAACAUAUGAUUAUGGAAUUGUCCCUGAUGGUCAUGCUAAGGGUAGUAGUGCACCCAGAGGGAGAAAUAAAUGCUUUUGUGGAUCAGCGAAAUGCCGUGGUUUCUUUGGAUGACAUUUUAUUGCAGUUGCUCCUAGAUAGUCAUGGUGAUUGGAAGUCUAUUCAUGGCUAAAAUAGACAGAUAAAGAAUCCAAUGUCAAAAUCCAUCCAAAUAUCAUUGUGAAGGCAAAUUUUAUUUUUUGGCUCUGAUUGGAUUACCCUGCCCCAUGCCUAAUUUUAAGGGCAAAAUUUUGGUGAGUUGAAUGGUAUGAGCACUUGAAGGUAUCAUCAACAUGUAGAUACUUGUCCUGUGGAGUAUUGACUUGGAUUUUGUCGUAAUGUAGUAGUUAAUGUUGAUUUUCAUUAGAAGGCUAAUGUUGUAUUUUACAUCUGGGAUAGUAGAAACCAAUUUGUUAAACCAUGCUGUGUAUCUUAUUCCUAUAUGUAUGGAUCUGAUGAGUUUUUUACAUAAAAAUAUUUUCAAA